GAGGGAGGGGGAGGGCCCAGCGCCCAGAAGCCGGGCUCCCAGAACAGCUCCCCGUGAUGCUGCUGCUGUGGGUGUCGGUGGUCGCAACCUCAGCGCUGGCAGCACCAGCUCCUGGGGCAGGUGGGCAGAAGCGGGGAGCAGUUCAGGCUUGGCCAGAUGCGCCUAACGUGGUGCUAGUCGUGAGCGACUCCUUCGAUGGAAGGCUAACAUUUUAUCCAGGAAGUCAGGUAGUGAAACUUCCUUUUAUCAACUUCAUGAAAGUACAUGGCACUUCCUUUCUGAAUGCCUACACAAACUCUCCCAUCUGCUGCCCAUCACGCGCAGCUAUGUGGAGUGGCCUCUUCACUCACUUAACAGAAUCUUGGAAUAACUUUAAGGGCUUAGAUCCAAAUUAUACAACAUGGAUGGACGUCAUGGAGAAGCAUGGCUACCGAAUACAAAAAUUUGGAAAACUGGACUAUACUUCAGGACAUCACUCUGUCAGCAAUCGUGUGGAAGCCUGGACAAGAGAUGUUGCUUUCUUACUCAGACAAGAAGGCAGGCCUAUGGUUAACCUUGUCCCUAAAAAGACUAAAGUGAGAGUGAUGGAAGGUGACUGGAAAAAUACAGACAGAGCAGUAAAUUGGUUAAGAAAGGAAGCAAUUAAUUACACUCAACCAUUUGUUCUAUACUUGGGAUUAAAUCUACCACACCCAUAUCCUUCACCAUCUUCAGGAGAAAAUUUUGGAUCUUCAACAUUUCACACAUCUCUUUAUUGGCUUAAAAAAGUGUCUUAUGAUGCCAUCAAAAUCCCAAAGUGGUCACCUCUGUCAGAAAUGCACCCUGUAGAUUAUUACUCUUCUUAUUCCAAAAACUGCACUGGGAAGUUUACAGAAAAAGAAAUUAAGGAUAUUAGAGCAUUUUAUUAUGCUAUGUGUGCUGAGACAGAUGCUAUGCUUGGUGAAAUUAUUUUGGCUCUUCACCAGUUAAGGCUUCUUCAGAAAACUAUUGUCAUGUACACCUCAGACCACGGAGAGCUAGCCAUGGAGCACCGUCAGUUUUAUAAAAUGAGUAUGUACGAAGCUAGCGCCCACGUCCCACUCCUGAUCAUGGGACCAGGAAUUAAGGCCGGCCUGCAAGUACCAAAUGUGGUUUCUCUUGUGGAUAUUUACCCUACUAUGCUUGAUAUUGCUGGAAUUCCUCUGCCUCAGAACCUGAGUGGAUACUCUCUGUUGCCAUUAUCAUCAGAAAAGUUUAAGAAGGAACAAAAAUUCAAACACCUACAUCCGCCCUGGAUUCUGAGUGAAUUCCAUGGAUGCAAUGUGAAUGCUUCUGCCUACAUGCUUCGAACUAACCAGUGGAAGUAUAUAGCCUACUCUGAUGGUGCUUCAGUAUUGCCUCAACUCUUUGAUCUUUCUUCAGAUCCAGAUGAACUAACAAAUAUUGCUACAGAAUUUCCAGAAGUUACUUCUUCUUUGGAUCAGAAGCUUCGUUCCAUUAUAAAUUACCCUAAGGUUUCUGCUUUGGUCCACCAAUACAAUAAAAAGCAGUUUAUCAAGUGGAAACAAAGUAUAGGGCAAAACUAUUCAACUGUCAUAGCAAACCUUAGGUGGCAUCAGGACUGGCUGAAAGAACCAAGCAAGUAUGAAAGUGCCAUCGAUCAGUGGCUUAAAACCCACUCUGACCCAAAAAAAAUUUGAACAAAAAUAAGAAAAUAAUGUUCUAGAGCUAUAUACUAAACAUGUUAAAAGAUCAUGAUUAAUUAUGCAUUUUAAACAUUAGCUUUAAUAAUUACUGAUUUUUAGUUAAAUAAUGUACUCUUUUAAAAUAAAAUACCAAUCAUUAUAUUGAUUGAAUUACAUAUUUUCAAACUGAUUACUAUCAAGACCUUAUUCUUAUCAACUUCUAAGAACUUAACCAAAGUAUUAAAAGGAUGGAAGCAAAUACUUUUAAUAUAAAGUUGUGUUCCCCUGAAUAUUAUGGAAUAUAGAAUAUUUUAAUAAUUAUUAUUACUUAUGAACCAUAAAAUAGUUAUUUUUGAGUA